UAUAGUGAAUGCAGGGUCCGGGGAGACUGGGCAGGGCGACUGCGGGGUCUGAGGAGACCAGAUAUAGUGAAUGCAGGGUCUGGGGAGACCGGAUAUAGAGGAUUCAGGGUCCGGGGAGACCGGAUAUAGUGGAUUCAGGGUCCUGGGAGACCGGAUAUAGUGGAUUCAGGGUCCUGGGAGACCAGAUAUAGUGAAUGCAGGGUCUGGGGAGACCAGAUAUAGUGAAUGCAGGGGUCCAGGGGAGACCAGAUAUAGUGAAUGCGGGGUCCGGGGAGACCAGAUAUAGUGAAUGCAGGGUCCAG